AUGACAUCCACAACCACCACCUCAGCAGCAGCAGCAUCAACCACCUGCGGCGGCUCCGGCCAAUACGAACUUCCCGUCAAAGACGCAGCAUGUGGCGUGCCAAAUAUCAAAAGCUACCAAUCUCUCUUCGAUAACUGUGCGAAGCCCGCCGGUUCCCGAUCAUACUAUCACGAUUGUGCUCUGUGGAGUUAUGCCAUAGAUCAAUCUGUCCAAGACCUCACCGACUGUCUUUAUAAGGCCGGGGUAGCGUGGGAGGAUGUUUGGUGCACAGGAAAUACCAACGCAACUGCAACGGUCACUUCGUAUCCAACUGCCACGGCUACGGGUACAUCAGAGACAAAGAGUAAGGGAGCGACUAAGACAGGAAGUUCGACUUCUUCUGCUGCUUCUGAGACAGGAUCGGAGAGGAACGCAGCAUAUUCUUGCCGCAAUCAGGUUUCUACUAAGCUUGCAUUGGGAAUAUUGGGGCUCGUUGUGACGGGGGUUAUAGGUUGGAGUUAA